GUUACCGUUCGGGGUUCAGCCUCGUAUCGAACUCGCAACGUCACGUCCAGUAGUGCACAGUCUUGAUCUCUACAACCCCCUUCGCCUAUUCUCCCCCUCCGAAACAAAUAGCAGUCUUCUGACAAAAACGCCUGAAUCGUCCCGUUGGAACCUAAACUAAACGCUUCGCGAGGUCAUCUACACGUCAACCGCCCGAGCGUACGCGCAACUCGAUCACACCUGGAACUCGGUUACCUUUCGAGUGACAUCUUAAAGUCGUCUUCGAAACACCACCUCUCCGCAUCUUUGGCUGUGUUCAUCAAUUCUUCCAUCUCGUCAAGAACACGUACCGAUCGAUCGCGUACAAGAGAUCAAACGGACGAGUCAAGAUGUCGAACCCUACCUCGAAAUAUGCGUCGCAGCUACAGAUGCUAUCUCCGCUAUUCCCCGAUUGGGAUGAGGAUGCUCUAGCAUCAGUACUUGCAGACACCAAGGGAAAUGCAGAGGAAGCAGCUGUAUUGAUCACGGACGGCCGAGCGACCAAGUUCACUACCGCUUCGCGAAAGAAAGAAAAGAAAUCCGCAGCCUCGAAGCCGAACGGUCACACCAACGGGAACGCCGAUUCGGGUGGUUUCGCUGCGGGUGACUCGACCGGGUUUUCGGGUCGAGGUGGUUUCAGAGGUGGACGAGGAGGCAGCCGAGGUGGUCGUGGAGGAAGUGACUCUUUCCGAGGUACCGUGCGAGGUGGUAGAGGAGGUUCUCGAGGCGGUCGCGGCGGUUUCCGUGGUGGACGAGACGCCAACGGUCUUCCUAGCGACAUUUUGGCAGAGCAUUCAACAUCCGCAUGGGGAUCCACAUCCGGAGAGGCUCCUUCUAGCGAGGUUGCCGUAACCACGGAAGACGCUUGGCCUGUAGCUCAGGAAGAGACUUCCGCCCCCAAGACCUCGAACAACGAGGAAUUCGCAGCUUCUGCCGGCUGGGGAGAUGCACCUACAAAGGCCGAGACGGAUGCCGCGUUAGAGUCGGCCGGCGGUUGGGGAGACGCACCGUCUGCGAUCGGGGAUGUACCACCCGUUCCCAAGAAGGCUGCCACCACGAUUCCCAAGGGAGCCAAGCUCAGUUGGGCUCAGAUCGCCAAGCCGCCUCCUGCACCUGCCCCUAAGCCUGCGCCCCCUCCCCAGGCUGCUCCUGCAGCUGUUCCCGAACCUCAAGCUUCUGAACCCGAAGCCCCCGCUGCUCCUGAAGCCACUCAGCAAGAAGAAUCCGAACCCGAGCCCGUCGAGGAAGUCAAGCAGGAAGAGCUCGACUUGUCCUCCCAGCAGAUGGAUCAGCCCGAAAUCGUCGAGGAUCAGUCAGAAGAGCUAGAACCCGUACAAAUUCAAGAGCCAGAGCCUGCCCAAACGCAAGAAGAUCCCCUUCAGGAGCCCGAGGUCGCUGCCGCUGAGCCUAUGAAGGACCCUUGGGCUAGCGUGCAAGCCCCUCCUUCUGCUUGGGAACAGACGACUCAAGUCAAGGAGUCAUCCGCUCCCGCCGUGCCUGAAGCCAGCAAGCCUUCUGACUCGUAUGCUGGACCUCCUGGAUUCAACCCUGCCGUCAAAGCCGCUAUCGCGCCCGUCAGGACCAACUCGCGUGCCGCUCUUCGAUACAAGACGGAUGGACAGGCGGUCAUGUUGCCUGGAUCCGGAGCUGCCAGCUCUAGCCUCGACAUGAAGUUCGGAAGCUUGAACUUUGGUAACGCUGAUGCCGAUGAGCAAGAGCAAGCCGAACCGGCCCAGGAGGCUCCAGUACAGCAGCAAUCAGAACCCGUUGUACAGGAGCAGCAGCGCGAACAAGCUCAGGCUAUUCCCACUUCGAGCCAGCCGGCUAUUGUUGCUCAACAACCACCGACCUCCCAGCCUGUUCAAUCGGCGCAGAUGGCUUCGCCUGCUGUAGCCGCCGCCCAGCAGUCGGCUUACGGUGCCACGUCGGGAUACUACCCCUUCCAGGGAUACGGUCAAUAUGGCCAGUCCCAGGCUCAACAGCCCUUGCCCCAGCAAUACUACCAACAGUCGGCUCCUCAGCAGCAGCAACAACAGCCCCAGCAGACCGCUUCGGCAUCUCCGGUUGUCAAGGAGUCGCAGGCAGUCGCAUCGAACGAGCAACAGGGCUCCAGCCAGCAGGGUUACUACCAACAGCAACAGCAGCCAAACGACUACCAGUCGCGUUACCAAGACGCUUAUGGCCAGUCGCAGGCUCAGCAGCAGCAACAGCAGCAGCAGCAGCAGCCAUCUCAACAGCAGUCGGCUUACGGCAACUUCGGACCACAGGCUGCUUAUGGCUACGCUCAGCCUCAGGUUCACCAGGCGCAACCUCCUCAGCACGCCACGACACCGGAUAUCUACUCCACGGAAUCACAACGAUCGCAACAGUCAUUGUACGACUCGUACGCUGCCAGUGGAUACCCUCGUCAAGCCAGUCAAGAAGCGCCCAAGCAGGCCACACCUCAGCCCUUGUCUGCCCAGACAUCCGGAUUGGCGUCUCCCGCUGCUCAACCUCAACAGCAGGUUCCUAGUGGCUACUAUGGCGGCGCCGGGAUGAGCGGAUACUAUGCUCCCUACAACCCGUACUUCCAGUACGGUCAAGCUCCUACUCCCGGUUACCAGUCGUAUUAUCCCAUGCCUCAGGCCGCUCGAGGUCCAUACCAGCCGGCCCCUGCAGCUUCUUCCGGCCCCUUGAUGGCCCAGGCCGCUAGCAGCAAGCCCGGCAGCACCGCGACUGCACAGGGUCACUAUGGCGGUCAAACCUCUACCUACGACGACUCGUCUUACUUGGCAAGGUACGGCGACAACAAGGCGACCCAGCAACAGCAGCCUUUCGGCUAUCAAUCGCAGUUUGCCUCGCAAAACUACCUUGGCACCCCAACUCCCCCCACCUCUCUUCCUGGCGCUGCUGCUUCAACUCGCCCUGGUCAGGCGGCUGAGGAAGAUCCCUACAAGACUGGCGUGAGCGGGAUCGGCCGCACCAACUCGGCUACCGGUACUCAGUCGAUGCCCAACCAACAGCAGCAACAACAACAACAGCAGCAGCAACAACAACAACAACAGCAACAGCAACAGCAGUUGGGUGCUGCCCAGCAGCAAUUCCCUAGCUACGGCUACUCUACCGGGUACCCUCAGCAAAACGACUGGGCUCAAUACGCUCAGUACCGUGGAGGCCAGCAGGGAGGUUACUGGUCUUAAGCUCAUCACGGCGACUUGGCGAAGGAUACCGAUGACAUGAGAGGAUGUCGAUGUCAGGUUUACGCGGCGGCAGACGGAAAGGCUCAGCUAUUCGAUCGUUCAUUACUUUGUGCUUCAUGAAAAGCGUCUAUCGAACGCCUCUUGCAAAUGUAAUACCAUAACACAACUGACGUAUCAUGUCCGCCAUCGAAAGUCGAUCGGUCGGACUCUAGCCUAGAUUUCGGUGGACCUGAAAGCAAAUCUGAUCUCUC